GUAAGAGUGUUUUAAAGUGCAAAUGUAGCUCAAUGAAGCUUUGUAACAUAAUAUGGUAAUAUGUUACAACACUUGACCCAGUUCAGUAUAAACAUCAUGACGAGCAGUAUCUACAAUUCGAUCGUUAAACUCCUCCGCUAAUUGUGAAUGUUAUAUCCGAAGUACAAGAGUAAUAUAAACAAGCAUCUGCAGUGCGAGACAAUAGCUUGACCUUAAUGUACGCGUGAUAUCAUUUUUGUUAUCAGUUUGCGAUUAGAUACCGUCGCGAGCGCACCGCACGCCACCUCGCCGCCCGACUCGCGCCGCCGCCGCGCGCCGGACACCUGCACUCACAGCGUCAGUGAUCACAACGGUACUCCGUCCGCGCCCGACCGUCAUCGCGCUGUAACAUGAGGAGCAAGGACCGAUUGGAGGAGCUAAGGCAUCUGGCGAGCAAUGCGGGCGUGUACAAUGAAACGGUUAUGGAGGUAUCGCCAGAGGGACAUUACGUCGACAUUGACGACCUCUUCAAAGAGGUGGAGAAUAUUCGCAGCUGGAUCCAUGAGAUGAACCACAACACCCAACUCAUCCGCCGCCUGCACGCCGACCCAACUUACCACACGAACAAGCACUUGCAGGACCAGCUGGAUUCGGUGGUGACGCAAUCAAAUACAAUAGGAUUGAAGAUAUGUGGCGCGCUGCGACAGCUAGAGGUGCGUGCGCGGGCGGCGGCGACCGCGCGGGGCGUAGCGGCGCGCAUCACGCACUUGCAGUACGCGGCCACGCGACGCCUGUACGCAGAGGCUCUCGACCGUCACCAACUCGCAUUGCAGCUGCUGCGCGACUACCAGUAUCGUCUGCUACAAGAUCAAAUUAAGCUUACGAAUCUCACAAUUUCGGAUGAAGAGUGUGAACAUCUUUUAGAAUCGAAUAACAUAUCUCUAUUUGUGGACAAUUUACGGGCGGAGACGGCAGAGGCGCGGCUGGCCUUGCGCGAGGCGGAGGUGCGGCGUGACGAGCUGGCGCGUGUCGAGGCCUCUUUGCAAUCUGUACGAGACCUCUUCGUGCAGCUCGCGCACCUCGUCGCAGUGCAACAAGAACAAAUCGAUAGUGUAGAAUACUACGCGCUGCAAGCAACUGAACACGUGGAGAGUGGCGGACAGCAGCUUCUAAAGGGUACUGUCUGUCGCAGGAAGGCGAAGAAGAAAAAAAUGGGACUUAUUAUUUGUCUCGCGUCCGGGUUCCUCAUAGUGCUUCUGGUGCUGGUCUACACGUGACCGACGUCAAGACGAGUGUCGCGUCGAACUGUAAAGUGCCUGAGGACUAAGCGGAGCUGUACGAGUGAACGAAUAACUUCUUAACUAAUUAUUUAUUUAUUGUACAACCUAGUCAUGUUUCUAAUAAAUUACUGUAAGAGCGCA